UCUUCUUUGAUCCAAUAUCUCUAUUGAGAUCUCUCAUGUCCAAUAAUAUUAUCUUUCUUCAUCAACAUUAUCAUUCAAUAUCACCCUUCUGAUUAAUCCUAGCUCUCUCUCUUCUCCGAAAUCUCUCUCUCUCUCUCUCUCUCUCUCUCUCUCUCAUACAGACACACAUCUGAUCUAGCUAGUAGCGAUCAUAGCAUGAAGAAGAUCAACUCGAUAUUAAGGAAGUGCAAGAGCUUGUCUAGGCAGCUAGCGAGAUCUUCGUCAUACAGCAACCUGAGAUCAAAAUCCAGCAGACAAGACUUCUGGGUCAGUACUCAUGAUCAUUGUGAUCAACAACAAGAUCAACUAGACGAGUAUGAUCAGAAGAGCGCGACGAUCUUCGUGGGAAGCGCGAAAAAGCGCUACGUGAUAAGUACCAAGCACUUGAGCCAUCCUUUGCUAGAAGCUCUAAUAGACAAGUCCAGGCAAAAGGGCUCAUCAGGAGAUAAUAAUAAUAUUCAAGAUCAUAUCAACAAUAAUAACAACAAUGUUUUGGUCGUGAAGUGUGAGGUGGUUCUCUUUGAUCACCUUUUAUGGAUGUUGGAAAAUGCAGAUCCAGUUAGUCUUGGCUCCGAAUCCUUGGAGGAACUAGCCGCUCUCUACGUCUUCUGAAAUGUUAUGAAUAAUAAUGUACAAUGCCGAUCAUUCGGUUUGUGCUCCUCAUGUAUUAAUUUAGGACGUUAUAUUAAAUUUUUUUUUUAUUUUGUGACAUUAUAUUUUAUAUAUGUUGAGAUCAU